ACGUCUCCCCACCCCGCCGCUUCAAGUCCCGCCUACUCAUCCUCCAGGCCCCGCCACGACCCACGUAACUUCGCUGUACCUCAUCCCGCUCCGGCCCUCCCUCGGCGGCCAUGUGGGUUGUGGUCCAGGGCCUGUUGGGGCUCCACGCGGAGCUCUGGGCAUUGUUUGGCGGCCGCCAUGCGGGGCUUCUUUCAGGUGGUGCCCGGGGACUGCACGGUUCGCCGAUCCCCUGCGGCAAGAACCUGCUCAAGAAAUUUGCCUCGAAAACCAAAAAAAAGUUUUGGUAUGAAGGUCCUUCCUUGGGCCCUCACUUGAUUUACAAGCCAUCCCAGCUGGAAUUCCCAACCAAGAGCACCUCAAAGAAAACCAAGAAGGAAGACCAUGUGCGCCUCAGGGCCCUGAACGGCCUCCUCUACAAAGCACUCACCGAUUUGCUGUGCACCCCGCAAGUGAGCCAAGAGAUCUACGACCUGAACGUGGAGCUCUCCAAGGUGUCUGUGACGUGGGACUUCUCUGCCUGCCGGGUGUACUGGAAGGCUACUCUGUCUGCCGAGCGGGACACACAUGCGAAGGCCGUCCUGCAGAGGAGCUCCACGCAGCUGAGGCAUCUUUUGAUGUCCCAGCAGACUCUGAGGAACGUACCGCCAAUUGUGUUUAUUCAGGACAAAGGACAUGCAGCCCUAGCCGAGUCUGUUCCUUUUCAGGUUGACCGGUUACUGGCAGUUGCUGACUUUGGCCCCCCUGAUGAAAAAGAUGACGUCAUACAGAACAGCUGCAGGGACCCUGAGGCCCCAGAUGCCCCACCGCCAUGCGACACCCUGGGCCCCGCUGUGUCCUCGAGUCUGACCGGGAUUGAUCAUGAGGCUCUCAGCAGGCAGAUCGUGGAGUACAAGAGGAGGAAGGACAAGGGGCGUGGGGGCGUGAGCCCACUGUGGUCGGGGCCCCAGCAGGUGGCUGAGCUGACAAAGCAGAAGAAAAAGAGGAAGAAGUGCAAGCCCUGCCCAGACAAUGACCUCUCCCAGGAACUGCCCAAGGUGGGCGGUGAGUGAAGAUGACCAGGACAAUGGCUGAACCCUUUGUGAGGAGACCGUCCCAGGUCACGAGUGGGAGCUCCGAGAGGCAGAGCAGUUACCAGAGGUGAAGAGAGGUGACAACAGAAAGGGCUGAGGGACUGUUGAGGACACCAGGGAGUGGACGGGAAGGCUGCACGUGAUGGGACCUCUGCUUUGAGCAGCGCAGCCACUUCUAGUGUCUCACAGGGAAGCCUUCGUGUGGCGUGCAGUUGUCCUCACUGAGCACUCUUGUUACUGUCGCUGUGAGAAGUGAGACGGUGUGUGGAAAGUGCAUAAAAACCUUUUAGAUUGAUGGUA